AUGUCGCUGUAUAAGCUGCAUAGCGUUCGGACACCAUGGAAUUUUGCCAAAUGUGUAAAGGUUGGCUAUGGAAGCAGUGCAUUCCCCGAACAGUCCCAGCCUCGUGAGGCAUCUACUAGCGGCAAAAGGCUACUGUUUGGUCUGAGAGUUCAUAAUGCCAGCGAUUUAGUACGUCUUGGAGAUGAAGCAGUCACAAUUAGCACUGCCGUUGUUUCGUCGGUGCUGAAACAAUCUGGUAAAGGAAAAUCGAAUAGCAGAGACCUCCUUUAUAUCAUUGACCAUAUUUCUAACACUUUAUGUUUGGUGGCUGACCCAUGCGAAUUGCUUAGACACGCCCACCCUAAUGAAGCAUGGCGCAAUGCUGCCAAUGAAACCGUAGAGAAGGUCUCAGCAUUUAUAAGCCGUAUCAACAUUGAUGAGAAGCUUUACGGUAUAAUGACUAGUGCCUAUACUGCGUCACAAUGUCAUCUCAAUACAGAGGAAUCGCUGGUACUUCACCAUAUGAUCGAGUCCAUGCGAAACCAAGGGGUUGGACUACCGCCAUCAUCUCAGGCAUCAUACCUGGAGAUGCAACGCGAAGAGGCAUCAAUAUCAUUUGAACUGUCCGAUAGCAGUACUUUAAAACAUCUCCCGGCGGCACCUAUCAACGGUAGACUGCUCCCUCCAAGUGCAGGGAUGUAUUCUUAUGUCCUACGCAAUUCAUCUGAUGAAGAUGUGCGUCGCCUGGUUUGGGAAGCCCAGUCGCAAAGCGACCCAGCAGCUUUAAAAAAGCUCUUGCGUCUACAUCACAUUCGAAGCUCUAUAGCUCACAUUCGUGGGUUCCGAAACUUUGCAGAAUGUGCACAGAGGGAGUGCAUCUUGAACACACCGGCGUCUGUAGAGGCUUUCUUGAGAAAAUAUGCAUUAUCUAUAAAAGCUCAAUUACAGUUGGAAUUGAGCGAACUAGUGACUCUGAAGCGUUCUCAUGUAUCGGGAAAGACGUCUUUACGUCCGUGGGAUUUGGACCACUUGAUGGGAUUAGAGCGUGAUAAGUUAGGAGUGCAGUUACGAGUGGGUUCUGUGCUGUCAUAUUUUGAGCGAUUGAUGCACGAUCUAUUUGGUAUAAAGCUUGUUAGGGAUACUUCUGAGCCACUAUGGCAUCCUUUGGUAGCGAAGUUUUCCCUGGUAAAACCCGCUGCAACAAAUUCAGACGGAUCACUUGCAUCCGGUAGCACAACCGACCAGACGAUUUCAUUGCAUACUACAGUGGGCUCCAACGAGAUGGAAAUGGCGCACCUGUACAUGGACCUGUUUGCCCGGGAGGGUAAAGUUGGCUUAUGCGCACAGUUCACAGUGAGGUGUUCCAAACUGAUAAAAUCGAAUACGGCGGAUUAUUCGGCAACUGGCAACCUUUUCACCGGUACUUCUGGGGAUGUGGAUAUUGGUCAGUAUACUACUACGGUGUACCCUGAUGGAUCGCAUCGUCAGGUACCGGCUACGACAAUAGUAUGCAGUUUUCCUACUAGUAGCCAUCAUUCCGACUUUUCCAGCGCCUUGUGUGGCACCUACAUCGACUUAUCGUCUGCUAUGACAUUAUUUCACGAGUUAGGUCACACUGUACAUGCGUUGUGUAGCCGUACCGAUUUGCAGCAUUUGUCUGGUAAUCGUGGUGGUGUUGAUUUUGCCGAAUUUUCUUCACACCUGUUUGAAUUAUACUUCUUGGAUGGAUUGAAGGACAUAUGCUCUAUCGAGGGUCUUGACGCUUCAUCUUCGGCUAAGGCUCAUCUGUCGUUUCAUAAGUACCGCGCAAUAGAAACUGGUCGCAUGAUCCUCAUGUCGCUUCUCGACCUUAAAUUCUACAGUUCCUCUGUUUAUAUGGAUGAGGGUUGCGUCACUGAGCUUUACAAUUCCAUUGAUAUAUUUGCUGAUGAGUUUGAGUCUGGAACCGUUUCGCAGUUGCUAGGUCUCCCUGCGUUGAGCAACUUUGAACACUUGGUUCCAUAUGGCGGGACUUAUUUCUGUUAUCUCUACUCUAGGGUACUUGCUAUAAAGGUAUGGCGUUCGUUUGAAGGCAGGGCUCGCUCCAGAUCGACGGGCGAUCGUUUAUACGAGUUCUUUGCAAAGGGUUCGACCGAUGCGUCCAUCGCUCCGCUUAACGUUCUGGCCGGCCGUGACUUAACAUCUAUGGAAGACGAGUUAUUCUUCGAUUAG